AUGGAUCAAGGAGUUCAGAGUAUGAAAAUAAGAAAUUCUUAUUCCUUUAUAUGGAGAAUGCUUCAGCUCACUGAUACUACGGACCGUUGGCUGGUGGUUUUUGGUUUCCUCGGUGCAAUUUGUGACGGUCUUUCAAGUCCAGUGCUAAUUUUUCAAACAAGUAAGAUCAUGAAUAAUUUAGGGGAUGCCACUAAUUUUGUCUCUGAAGACAAGAUCAAUAAAUACUCGUUGAACUUGUUGUUUCUAGCCUGUGGAUCACUUCUGGUUAUAUUUUUAGAAGGAUACUGUUGGAUGAGAACUGGGGAACGACAAGCGGCAAGAAUGAGAGCUUAUUACCUGAAGGCAAUACUAAGACAAGACGUGGAGUACUUUGAUCUCAAGGUGUCCUCUACCAGCGAUGUCAUCACUAGUGUCUGCAGUGAUAGCCUCAUCAUUCAAGAUGUCAUUAGUGAGAAGGUGCCUAACUUCAUAAUGUGUUGCUCCAUCUUUGUGGGAAGCUAUACAGUUGCCUUCAUAGUCAUGUGGAGGUUAGCACUAGUUGCAUUCCCUACAGUACUACUCCUAAUCAUCCCUGGAAUUUUGUAUGGGAGGACCCUAAUGAGUCUAGCUAGGAAGAUAAAGAAGGAGAGUGACAAAGCUACAUGUGUUAUCGAGCAAGCGAUAUCGUCUAUUAGGACCGUCUACUCCUUUGUCGGAGAGAGUAAGACAAUGGCAGACUUCUCUGAUACAUUCAACAGCUGUGUAAAACUUGGCCUUCGUCAAGGACUAAUUAAAGGUUUAGCCAUUGGAAGCAAUGGUAUCAGUCUUGCUAUAUGGGCUUUUAUAUCUUGGUAUGGCAGCAAGCUUAUCUUGUAUUCCGGUGCUCAUGGAGGAAAUAUCUAUGCUGUAGGAGUGGAAAUAACCUAUGGGGGUUUAACACUUGGUUCAGCUCUAUCCAAUAUGAAGUACUUUUCAGAGGCAAUUGCUGCUGGGGAAAGAAUUAUGGAGGUCAUGGAUAGAAUCCCGAAGAUUGACGUAGAUACAAAGGAAGGUGAGAUCUUAAUGAGUGUCGACGGAGAGGUGCAGUUCAAAGGGGUUAAUUUUGCAUACCCGUCCCGGCCGGAGAAUGUGAUACUGAAUAAAUUUAGCUUAAAUGUGCCGGCUGGGAUGACGGUGGCGCUUGUUGGUGGUAGUGGCUCUGGGAAGUCUACAGUGAUUGCAUUGUUGGAAAGGUUUUAUGAUCCAUUGCAUGGUGAGGUUCUUUUGGAUGGUGUGAACAUUAAGAAGUUGAAACUCAAGUGGUUGAGGUCUCAAAUGGGUUUAGUGAGUCAAGAACCAGCUCUGUUUGCAACUUCAAUAAAAGAAAACAUAUUGUUUGGCAAAGAGGAUGCAUCAAUGGAUGAAGUUGUGGCCGCUGCCAAGGCUUCCAAUGCUCAUAAUUUCAUUUCUCAGUUGCCUCAGGGCUAUGACACUCAGGUAGGAGAAAGAGGAGUUCAAAUGUCUGGAGGCCAGAAACAACGAAUAGCUAUCGCAAGAGCAUUGAUCAAGUCCCCUAAGAUCCUCCUCCUCGAUGAAGCUACAAGUGCACUAGAUUUAGAAUCAGAGAAGAUCGUCCAAGAAGCACUAGACAAGGCCUCAUUAGGCCGAACCACCAUAGUCAUUGCCCACCGUCUCUCCACAAUCCGCCACGCAGACCUCAUUGCCGUUAUCCAAGCUGGGCAAGUCAUGGAAAUCGGCUCACACAAUGAGCUUAUCGGAGAAGAAGAUGGUCUCUAUUCAUCACUAGUUCAUCUCCAGCAAUCCUCAGAGGGAGCAAUCAAAGAUAAAGACAGACCAUCUGCAUCUUCAUCAAACAAAGGCAAUAAUAAAGAUCCAAAAAGUCAAACCAUAAACCGGAGUUUCUCAACCGACUAUGAAUUAGACUUUGCAAAGUCUGUAGAUAACAAUGAGGAACCAAAAGACAAGUCGAAGACGAAGAAGUUGCCAACCAUAUCAUUUCACCGUCUACUUCUAAUGAGCUCACCAGAAUGGAAGCAACUGCUGCUUGGUAUCUUGAGUUCUAUCCUUUCGGGAGGAGUUCAACCUCUCUUUUCGUAUGUACAAGGGAGUGUGACCUCCGCAUACUUUCUCAAAGAUCACAAAGAAAUCAAAGACAAGAUGCAGACAUACUCAUUGAUCUUGCUUGGCUUAUCAAUUUUCUCAUUAUUCAUCAAUGUUUUGCAGCAUUAUAACAUAAGUGCAAUGGGAGAGUACCUCACGAAGAGAUUGAGGGAGAAGAUGUUCUCCAAAAUUCUCACAUUUGAAGUUGGUUGGUUUGAUCAGACUGAGAAUUCCACUGGUGCUAUUUGCUCUCGCCUUACCAAUGAUGCUUAUGCGGUGAGAUCACUUGUUGGAGAUAGAAUGGCAUUCCUGAUCCAAACCUUCUCCACAGUUGCCAUAGCAUGCACCAUAGGGUUGGUCAUUGCAUGGAAGUUAGCAUUGGUUAUUAUAGCAGUCCAACCUCUUGUCAUUAUGUCUUACUGGGCACGUAAAAUGUUGCUCAAGAACAUGUCCAGAAAGGCCAUCAAAGCUCAGGCUGAGAGUAGCAAACUUGCUUCUGAAGCCGUUUCUAACUUCCGCACUGUCACCGCUUUCUCUUCACAAGACCACAUUCUUCAUCUCUUUGAGAAAGCUCAAGAGGAGCCUCUAAGGGAGAGUGUGAAGCAGUCAUGGUAUGCCGGUUUCGGCCUCAGUGCUGCCCGGAGCCUUACAAUAUGCAUUUGGGCUCUCAACUUUUGGUAUGGCGGGAAGCUGGUAACUCAUGGAGAUAUCACUGCCAAGGCAGUAUUACAAACUAUUCUUGUUCUUUUCCGCACUGGUAAUGUUAUUGCUGAUGCUGGUAGCAUGACUUCUGAUAUUGCAAAGGGUGGUGAUGCAGUUGACUCGGUGUAUGCUCUAUUGGACCGAUGCACAGGGAUUGAACCUAAUGACCCAAAGGGCCACCGACCGGAAAAGCUCAUUGGCAAUGUUGAUAUUUGUGAUAUUGACUUUGCUUAUCCAGCUAGGCCUGACAUUGUUAUCCUCAAGAAUUUCUCAUUAAGCAUUCAAGCUGAGAAGUCAACUGCGCUUGUGGGGCAAAGUGGAUCGGGAAAAUCUACCAUAAUCGGACUUAUUGAGAGGUUCUAUGACCCUUUGACAGGAACAAUAGAAAUAGACGGAAAAGACCUAAAGGCAUACAAUCUUCUAGCGUUAAGGCAACACAUUGCGCUCGUUGGGCAAGAGCCUACAUUGUUUGCCGGGACUAUCAAAGAAAACAUCAAGUACGGAACUGAGAAGGCUACAGAGGCUGAGAUGGAGGCAGCAGCAAGAGUGGCCAAUGCACAUGACUUUAUAAGCUGCCUCAAGGAUGGAUAUGAGACAUGGUGUGGGGAUAGAGGCGUGCAAUUGUCUGGUGGGCAGAAACAACGGAUUGCAAUUGCAAGAGCAGUCUUAAAGAACCCAGCUAUAUUGCUUCUCGAUGAAGCAACAAGCGCAUUAGACAGUCAAUCAGAGAAAAUGGUGCAAGAGGCACUCGAACGGGUGAUGAUAGGGAGGACAAGUGUGGUGGUGGCACAUAGGCUAAGCACGAUACAAAAUUGUCAUCUUAUUGCGGUGCUUGAGAAAGGGAUGGUUGUGGAGAAGGGGAGUCAUGCUUCUCUUAUUGCCAAAGGACCCUCUGGCCCUUACUUUUCUCUUGUUAACCUCCAACAAGGUUCCAAAGCACAAAACGAAGAGCUAUUUUGAUUUUGUUGCUUCUAGAUCUUUCUAGUCCAUCUAAAACGUUAUAACUAUGUACCUAGUUGUCCUUGUUGAACAUCGGCUCAUUUCAUGAAGAUUCAUAAAGCCAUAAAUAGGUUAACGAUCAAGUUCUUACAGUCACAUGAAAAAAACAAAUCCAAAUUGUGACAUGUGACAAGGUGUGACAUUUUUGGGAAUUAUUUAGUGAUAAAAUUAAUAAAAUUGCAAUUAAUAACUAUGCAUAAUGAUCAAACUAAUCAUAUCUGAUACACUAAGAUCAACUAGAUAAAAUAAACAUAUGUUAACAUACUCUUUCAAAUUAAAGCAUAAAAGUCACUUUAAUAUCGCAAAUCCAAUUUGUAAAAUGGAUGAAGGUGGCAGUAUAUCAAAAGGAAAUGGAUGCAUAAAUUAUCCAUUUGUUAUUUGUUCAAUUUAUCCGUGUUGUUUGACAGAUAUUGUCAUCACCAUCAAAAUUGUGAAAUUAGAAAAUUUUAUAUUAUAGUCAGAC